UAAAUAAUGACAAUAAUAAUAAUAAUAAUAUAAAAAGAUAAAAAGCUGAAAGACAGCCAAGCAAGGAAGGCAGAGCGCAUCAUCUCAAGCAGCCAUCUUUGGAUUUGCAGGAAUAGUUUGUUCUUUGCUUUAGAUGGGUUCAGAGGGACCUUCUGCAAUAACAGUUCAUGUUACUGGAUUCAAGAAGUUUCAUGGAGUAUCAGAGAACCCAACAGAAACAAUUGUCAGUAAUCUGAGAAGUUAUAUGCAGAAGAAUGGUUUACCAAAAGAUCUUGUUCUUGGUAGUUGCACUGUUCUUGAGGCUGCUGGAUUAGGUGCACUUGAUUCUCUUUACAAAAUGUUAGAAUCAUCUGUGAGUGAUCCUGAUGCUAAAAACAAUGGGCAAAUCAUUUGGUUGCAUCUUGGAGUUAAUAGCGGCGCAAUGAGGUUUGCUAUUGAGAAUCAGGCAGUGAAUGAGGCCACUUUUAGAUGCCCUGAUGAACUUGGAUGGAAACCACAGAAAGUUUCCAUCAUUGAAUCGGAUGGAUGUAUUUUGCGAGCAAGAGAGACUUAUUUUCCUGUCAAUGAGAUGGCCAAGGCCUUGUCGGGGAUGGGAUAUGAUGUAGCACCUUCAGAUGAUGCUGGUCGAUUUGUCUGCAACUAUGUGUAUUACCAUUCUCUCCGGUUCGCAGAACAGCAUGGGAUCAAGUCUUUGUUUGUGCAUGUUCCUCUGUUUCUUACCAUCUGCGAGGAAACCCAAAUGCAAUUCGUUGCGUCCCUUUUGGAGUUACUCCCUUCCUUGAAUUAGAGCAAUGAUGACCAUCUAUUCCCAUUUCCAAAUUGUUGUCUCUUGAAAGUAUGAACUUCCAGUGUUUUGUGUAUGCAUCUGCAGGAUAGAUUGUGUCUGAGAAGGUGUAUAUUGCUGAACAUAUGUUUGCAUUGAUCAUUGGAUUUUGGAACAUGCAUCUUCUUAACAAUUUCAAAUCUCAAUAAAUCCAGCAGGAGCAGCUUUCCUUUGUGAUUAA